AUGGAGAAUAAAAACAAUGUGACAGAGUUUGUUCUACUGGGACUCACAGGAGAUCCAAAGAUGCAGAAAGUUAUAUUUGCUGUGUUUUUUGUCAUCUAUUUUAUCACUGUGGUAGGAAAUGUGCUCAUUGUGGUCACUGUCAUUGCAAGCUCAUUGUUGAGAUCCCCCAUGUACUUUUUCCUGGCCUACCUCUCCCUUAUUGACACUUGCUAUUCCUCUGUCACUACCCCUAAACUGAUUGUAGAUUCACUCCAUGAGAGGAAGACCAUCCUAUUCAAUGGAUGUAUGAUGCAAAUAUUUGGAGAACAUUUAUUUGGAGGUACUGAGGUCAUCCUUCUUACUGUGAUGGCUUAUGACCACUAUGUGGCCAUCUGUAAGCCCUUGCACUACACAAUAAUCAUGAACUGGAGAGUCUGUAUCUUACUAAUGGGAGUCUGCUGGAUGGGAGGUUUUCUUCAUGCAACCAUACAGAUCCUUUUCACAUUUCAAUUACCCUUCUGUGGCCCUAAUGUCAUAGAUCACUUUAUGUGUGAUCUGAACCCUUUGCUCAAACUUGCCUGCACUGAUACCCACGUUUUAGGGCUCUUUGUUGCUGCCAACAGUGGGUUCAUUUGUCUGUUAAACUUUCUCCUCUUGCUGGUCUCCUAUGUGGUCAUCCUGUACUCACUAAGGACCCACAGCUUAGAGGGGAGGUGCAAAGCUCUCUCAACUUGUGUUUCCCACAUCACAGUGGUCAUCUUAUUCUUUGUGCCCUGCAUAUUUGUGUACAUGAGACCAGCGGCCACUUUGUCUGUCGAUAAGGCAAUUGCUGUAUUCUAUACCAUCAUAACUCCCAUGUUAAAUCCUUUAAUCUAUACUUUGAGAAAUGCCCAGAUGAAAAAUGCCAUUAUGAAAUUGUGCAGUAGGAAAGUUAUUUCAGGUGAUAAAUAA